AUGAAACGUGUAAUAGGAAAUGCGAACCUGACGUUCGAGGAGCUCACGACGCUAUUCACCCAGAUUGAAGCAAUUCUUAACUCCCGCCCGUUAACUCCUCUAACGUCAGACCCUUCCGAUGUUACUCCUCUGACUCCAGGGCACUUCCUUAUAGGCCGGCCGCUGACAGCUUUACCAGAACCACCUAUUUUAACAAAUUAUCCAAACAGAUACCAAAAAUUGGAACAGCUUAAGCGGCAUUUCUGGGACCGGUUUCAUAGGGAAUAUUUAAGUGAGCUGCAGCAGCGGACUAAGUGGCGAGAGCGGAGGGGAACACUCAAAGAGGGCGAUCUUGUUGUCAUCAAGGACGACAACCUUCCCCCAAUGCGAUGGCGCUUGGGACGAGUUAAGAAACUGUAUCCAGGGGCAGACGGCAUCAUUCGAGUAGCCGAUUUCACGACCUCACGUGGCGUAAUCCAGAGGGCCUUAGGCAGGGUCUGUCUGCUACCAGCUAUCAACCCAGAGGACGAGUCUCUUGGUAACCAGGGUUCCCAAGGCGGGGAGCCUGUUCACGCGCACGGCACAUGA